AUGGAGAGAAGAUGGAAGCCUAGUGUGGAGAUAUCACCAAAUUGUCCAAGGUGUGGUUCUUCCAAUACCAAGUUCUGCUACUACAACAAUUACAGCUUAACACAACCAAGGUACUUCUGCAAAGGCUGUAGAAGAUAUUGGACUAAAGGAGGGUCCCUUCGGAACGUGCCGGUCGGAGGUGGCUGCCGCAAGAGCCGAAGAGGUAAGCCAUUGUUAAGGAUGCCAAUUGAUGGUGUUCCCUCCAAGAGUUUUCCGAGUGGUUUAGUUUCUCACUAUGAUAACAAAGUGAAUGCGUUAUCCGAGUCUAAUAGCUCCUCGGCGAUGUUCGAUGGCUCUCAUAUCGAUCUGGCUCUCGUUUUUGCAAACUUUUUGAACAAUAAACAACCAGAAAACAAGUCUGGUUUCGAAGUGCUAGAGUUGCCUAGCAAGUUCGAUCCAUUGCUAGAGUUCACAAACAUGGAACAAAGUCUUAAGCUACCAGAAGAGAAUUGUCUAAAUGGAGGCCUCGCUUACUCCCAUUUGACCAUAGAAAAUCAUUUGAGCAACAAUGAUCAAAUGUACUAUUCUGGAUUAGAAUCAAUUCACAAACAUCAUGAUGCAGUUCAAAAAUGUACGGGUCAUGAAACAAGUAACUGUGCAUUGCCACCAUUGCCAGGUGAUGAUUUAUCUUCUCAAGAAUUACUGUGGCUAAAUUACCAUUCCUCAGUCUAUCAUUCCUUGCAAGCAGCUCAAGAGCCAGUUUUAGGACCAGAAACUCACGACCCAAUUCUUCUGUUUGGUAAUUGGAGUCCAUUUGAUUUGUCUAGUGAUGAUACUUUCACCAGGACUUGA